CGGGAACCGUGGGCGGAGGAGGCGCGUGCGUGCGGCAGGCUCCAUGGCGGCACGGCGGCUGGACCCCGAGCUGGCCAAGAGGCUCUUCUUUGAGGGCGCCACAGUCGUCAUCCUGAACGUGCCCGAGGGCACCGAGUUCGGCAUUGACUACAACACCUGGGACGUGGGGCCCUGCUUCCGCGGAGUCAAGAUGAUCCCUCCGGGCGUCCAUUUCCUUCACUACAGCUCUGUCCGGGGAGCCAGCAGCCGGGAAACGGGGCCGCGCACAGGCUUCUUCCUAAGCCUGCAGCAGCGAGACCUGCGGGUGCUGCGCUGGAACCCCGCCAGCGAGGAAGUGGACCUAACGCCGGCAGCCCAGGAGGAGACCGAAGCCAUGAGAGCGAAUCUGCAGGGCAUGGACAAGUUUCUUGGGCCUUAUCCGUACGAGACCCUGAAAAAAUGGAUUUCCCUCACCAACUUCAUCAACGAGUCAGCAGUGAAGAAGCUGCAACCAGAGAGCGGGCAGAUCUGUGCCUUCUCUGAAGUUCUCCCCGUGCUGGUUGGGAAGCACACCAAAGACCGUGCUGAACAGAAGUUGCCCCCGUACGACGCAGAAUGCAAGAGCUAUGCUGAAGGUAUGGCCCGGCUGCCCAAGAUGAAACUGAAAGCUGGCACUGAGAUCAGAUUCACAGAGCUGCCAAAGCAGAUGUACCCCGAUGGUGCUACUCCAGAGGAGAUAACCAGGCAUAGCAUGGACCUUAGCUAUGCUCUAGAAAAAGUGAUUAAUAAGCGGUACUCCAGCCAACCUCACGAUUUGCUUGCUGAGUUGCAGUUUGCUUUCAUCUGCUUCCUGAUUGGGAAUGUGUAUGAUGCAUUUGAGCACUGGAAAAGACUCUUAAAUAUCCUGUGUCGAUCCGAAGAUGCCAUAGGGAAGUAUCAAGACCUUUACACAAAUCUCAUUUCUGUGCUGUAUCACCAACUCAGUGAAAUCCCAGCUGAUUUCUUUGUGGACAUAGUCUCUCAGGACAACUUUUUAACCAGCACCUUGCAGGUGUUCUUUUCCUACAUAUGCAGUGCUGCCACUGACAGGACACUAAGGAAGAAGGCUGAAAAAUUCAAGGCUCACCUAACGAAGAAAUUUAAAUGGGACUUUGAGGCAGAGCCUGAUGACUGUGCUCCUGUAGUUGUGGAACUUCCUGAAGGAGUACAGGUGGACUAAGCUAAGUGCUCACUUAGAAACAAACAGCUGUUUUAAGUAACUUUUUCUCUACAACCUCUCUAACCUUACCAGCUUUUUAGAGCUUGCUUCUCCAGCUGAUUCCUCUUCCUGAUGUAGAAGAAGAUGUGAAACCACAGAGGCAUUCCUCAACUGGUGAGACUAGAAUUAUUGGAUCUGUUAGUGUUGCUGCGUGGCAUCAAUGGUUACUUUGGACACCUCAUUUUUUCUAACUCUUCUGCAGAAAUUCCUCAUUCUGUUCUUAGCCAGACUGCUAGAUCGUUGGGUCUCUUCUGUCUUCGCUGGGCUAGAGGUGACACCCAGUUCUAACACCUGUGUUUUAGAUGAGGAACAUUUGCUGAUCCAGUUGAUGCUUCCAGAAUGAGGAGUGUAAGCUCACAUAACUGAUCAUCACAGCUUGCUGCAGCCUAACCCCAAACUGUGAACCAUGAAGUUCUGCUCUACCUAGGCUUGCAUUACAGGAAUAUAAUCAGAACUGUUUCAAAACUCUUGGAUACUGAUGCUGUUUAAUGUGAUUUAUUGCAAUGGCAUGUUGUGGAGGAGAACUCAGUCACAGCAGAAUUUCUCCCAUUCUGUACUGCUAAUACUGAGGUGUCUUAUUGCUCUAAUUCUGUUAAAGCCUUUUAUGUUUACUGCUGACACUAUCUGUUUAGCCUGAUGUAAAAUAACAUUAAAGUAUGGUAACAAGAAAUACAAUCGUUGAACAGAAGCCAUCCAUGUUUCAAAACAGAAGGCAGAGCGAAAUAAAAGGUCAGACUUUGGCAGAA